CCGCGGCGGUUUGCUCGGGCGGACAUGGCGGCGGCGGCGGCGCGGGCGCUGUGGGGCGGCGCGCGGGGCCGGCGCUGGCUGCUGUGGUGGCUGCUGGCGGCGGCGGCGCUGGCCCCGCGGCCGGCCCGGGCCCUGAUCGAGGGCCUGUACUGCGGGCGGCAGGUGUGCUACGACGUGCUGGGCGUCAGCCGGGCCGCGGGCAAGGCCGAGAUCGCCCGCGCCUACCGGCAGCUCGCCCGCCAGUACCAUCCGGACCGGCACCGCGGGGAGCCGGCCGGGCCCGGCGGCGAGACCCUGCAGACGGCGCACGAGAAGUUCCUGCUCAUCGCCACCGCCUACGAGACCCUCAAGGAUGAAGAAACACGUAAAGAUUAUGACUAUAUGUUGGAUCAUCCUGAAGAGUAUUACAGCCAUUAUUAUCACUAUUACAGCAGGAGAUUGGCACCUAAAGUGGACGUCAGAAUAGUGAUUCUAGUCACUGUAUGUGCUAUCUCCGUGUUUCAGUUCUUCAGCUGGUGGAGUAGCUACAAUGAGGCCAUCAACUACCUAGCUACAGUGCCAAAAUAUCGUAUACAAGCAUCUGAGAUUGCCAGGCAACAAGGCCUACUGAACAGGGCUAAAGAAAAAGGCAAAAACAGACGGUCUAAGGAAGAAAUCCGUGAGGAAGAGGAAGAAAUAAUCAAAGACAUUAUCAAAAAUAAAAUAGAUAUAAAAGGCGGCUAUCAGAAGCCUAAAAUAUACGAUAUCCUUCUAUUUCAAAUCCUCUUAGCUCCUUUUUACUUGUGCAAGUAUAUAGCUUGGUAUUGUUGGUGGAUUUACUGUUUUAAUAUUAAAGGGCAAGAAUAUGGUGAGGAAGAGAAGCUGUAUAUCAUACGCAGAUACAUGAAAAUGUCACAGUCUCAGUUUGACAGUCUGGAAGAUAAUCAGAAAGAGACUUUUCUGGAACGGCAGCUAUGGAUAGGAGAGAACUAUGAGGUCUACAAGCAAGAACAAGAGGAAGAGCUAAAGAAGAAAAUGGCUAUGGAUCCCCGAUGGAAGAGAUAUAGGCGGUGGAUGAGGAAUGAAGGACCUGGAAGAUUAACGUUUAUUGAUGACUGAAGGCUGCUGAACAAUGUACAGUACUGAUAAACCUGACUUGCAAAAAAUUUUCGUAACUAAAUUUUCAGAGUUUUAUCUGCUGUGCCUCGGCAGUCAUCUAAAACUCAGGAAUAAUUUCAUCAGGCAGGAAAUUAGUACAAGUUUACCAUUUUUUAUAAAUAAAAGUGAAUCUGUUAAACAGAGACUUAGUUCAUUGUUUAUGUUCUACUUGCUUGUGAAGCUGGAGUUCACUGUUUAAAGAAGUGUUUCACAUGAAAUCUGUAAGAACAAAUACCAACCCAACUAUACCUUACACCCUUCCAAAAAUUUCUUGAUGAAGGCUAACUGUAUUCUUGUUUUGUCCCCUCUUUAAAACCAUAAGGUUUGUACAUUUGGUCAUUAGGGGUGUGUAAACACUCAUGUAAAAUUCUAUAGGCAGGGCAAUUUUAUGGCUCUUUAUCUAUUUUUCCUCUCUGUCCUCACCCAAAAGCUUCCAAAAUCUGAGUGAUCUUGCCAAAUAGUAUAUUUGAUGCAGACUAAGAGAAUGGGCUUAUACAGGGGUGGCCAACCUGUGGUGUGAGAGCCACAUGCGGCUCUUCAGAAGUUAAUAUGCGGCUCCUUGUCUAGGCACCGAUUCCACGGCUGGAGCUACAGGUGCCAACUUUCCAGUGUGCUGGGGGGUGCUCACUGCUCAACCCCGGCUCUGCCACAGGCCCUGCCCCCACUCCACCCCUUCCCGUCCCCUCCCCUGAGCCUGCCGUGCCCUCACUCCUCCUCCCCCCUCCUGAGCCUCCUGCAUGCCACAAAACAGCUGAUCAGGAGGUGUGGGGAGGGAGGGGGAGGCGCUGAUUGGCGGGGCUGCUGGUGGCUGGGAAGCAGUGGGUGUGGGGAGCUGAUGUGGGGGACUGCUGUCAUAUUACUGUGGCUUUUGGCAAUGUACAUUGGUAAAUUCUGGCUCCUUCUCAGGGUCAGGUUGGCCACCCUGAGCUUAUAUAUGCUUUUUUUAUGCCCUGUCCAGUUGGAAUCGUAGUCUUUAUUCAUUCUGGUGCAUGAUUGUUCAGCAAUGUGACACAAACAGGCCUUAAUUUUUGUCUUUGUUCUGCAGAAUGAUACAUUAAGCAGAUUUUGCUAGAAUCUUAAGUUUGGGUUUUAAUCUUUGUACACUGAACUAUAGAUACUUGUUUGGAAGAAGUGUACCAGUAUUCUAUUAAAUGUGACACAUUACUUGCACCGUAGUAUUGGUAUAAGGGAAACUAAUCCUUUUGUUUAAAAGGGGCAAUUUGAUGCCUUAUGUAAAUAAAAAAAUAGUUUAUUAUAUUACAACCCAAUCCGUUUCAAAUUCUAAAGCCAAAUUAAAGUUUAUAAAUAAAAUAUUCUCUUUA